AUGGCACUCUCAUCACUUCUCCGCAUUACUUCCCGCAUGGGGCCCGCGGCAACUCGAAGGUCCAGAAGAGCAGCAUCCACCAUUUCCAGUACUCAGGAACCGCAAAGAAAGCUCGAUUCGGUGCUUAUUGCCAACAGAGGCGAGAUAGCUUUACGGGUUGGGCGGACCGCCUCACAGUACGGAAUUCGGGUGACGACGUUAUACACUGAUCCCGACCGUCGAGCACAGCACGCCUUGAGCUCCCCAUUUUCAUUCAACCUGGGGUCGGUUUCUGCAUACCUCGAUGGCGAUCGAAUUAUUGAGAUUGCGAAGCGGGAAGGAUGCCAGGCGAUACAUCCCGGUUACGGUUUUCUGAGCGAGAACUCGGAAUUUGCGCGAAAAUGUACAGAAGCCGGUCUAGUGUUUAUUGGUCCCCCAUGGAAGGCUAUCGAGGAUAUGGGCGACAAAAGCCAAUCGAAGAAGAUCAUGACUGCCGCAGGAGUACCUUGCGUUCCUGGCUACCACGGUUCUAACCAAGACGUGAACUUCCUCGAGGCCGAAGCGGACAAGAUCAAAUACCCUGUGCUCAUCAAAGCCGUCAAAGGAGGUGGUGGCAAGGGAAUGCGUAUUGCCAGCUCCAAAGCGGAGUUUCAGGCUCAAUUGCAGUCUGCCAAAUCGGAGGCCAUGAACUCCUUCGGUGAUGAUCACGUCCUAGUUGAGAAGUACAUUACAACGCCACGCCACAUCGAAGUUCAGGUUUUUGCAGACAAGCACGGCAACUGUGUUGCACUUGGGGAGCGAGACUGCAGUAUCCAGAGACGGCAUCAGAAGAUCUUGGAGGAGUCCCCAGCUCCUCACCUGCCCGAUGUGACCAGAAAGGACAUUUGGGCAAAGGCAAGGGCAGCGGCGCUGGCCGUGGGCUACGAGGGCGCCGGAACAGUAGAAUUCAUCUUUGACAACGAUACUGGCGAGUUCUUCUUCAUGGAGAUGAACACUCGGCUGCAAGUGGAACAUCCCGUUACCGAGAUGGUCACCGGCCAGGACCUGGUCCACUGGCAGAUCAAAGUCGCAGAAGGCGCCCCUUUGCCGUUGACACAGGAGCAAGUGGAGGCCGAGAUAGCCAACCGUGGUCACGCUAUUGAGGCUAGAAUCUACGCGGAGAAUCCCGACCAGGGCUUCAUUCCCGAUUCCGGUACACUCCUGCAUGUCCGCACUCCAGCGACUUCCGAUGACAUCAGAAUAGACGCAGGCUUCGUCGCAGGAGAUGAAGUCUCUGCUCAUUAUGACCCUAUGAUCGCGAAAUUAAUUGUUCGGGGCGCCAACCGACAGGAGGCGAUCCGCAAGCUGGCUGCCGCUCUAGAAGAGUACGAGGUUGCAGGACCGAUUACCAACAUUGAGUUCUUGAAGUCCGUCUGCCGAAGCCCGGAUUUCAUUGCGGGCGAGGUGGAGACUGGAUACAUUGAGAAGCACCGCGACGAGCUGUUCACCAAGGAUGCAGUCGCCGACGAAGUGCUUGCACAAGUAGCACUGGCUUGUCUCCAUCACAACAACGAGCCUGCCUCCCGAACGCAAGCAAAUUUUGAGGGCUCUGCCGUCGGUUUCGGCCCCAGCUACCAGACACGCGAAGUGACAUUAGCCGAAUCGACUCCCGGAGGAACGGAUGGCGCAAAAUUCAAUGUUCGGGUUACGCAGACCGGCAACAACACGUUCGAUGUUGAUGUUGGUGGACGGGUAUUCGAACAAGUGGUCAGUCAUAGCACUCCGACCUCGAAAGUCGUGACAUCGUUCUUCCCCCACACGCGACUGGAUACCACGGUGGUACAAGACGGCGACUCUAUCGUCGCGUUCCAGCGAGGUACUCAGUACCGUCUGACGAUCCCACGAUCCAAGUGGAUGGAUAAGGCAUUGGGUAUGAAGGAUGUCGCGAACAGUGUUUUGGCUCCCAUGCCGUGCAAGAUUCUACGAGUGGAGGUGCAGGCCGGGGACGUGGUGGAAAAGGACCAACCCUUGGUGGUAAUUGAGAGCAUGAAGAUGGAGACGAUCAUCCGAAGCCCGCAGAAGGGCACCAUCUCCAGGGUGGUACAUCAAGAAGGGGACCAAUGCAAGAGUGGCACACCUCUCGUCGAGUUUGCAGAAGAGGCUGCCGAGACAUCGGGCUGA